ACACAAUUGAAUUGAAAAAUAUUCCGAAUUUCGGAAUUUUGUAUAUUCCGUUAAUCGCGUAGCAUGGCAACACUAAUAAAAAUUGAAGAAAUCAUUUAUAUUUCAGCUGUUGUUAUCAUAAACAAAAGAAGUAAAUAAAUAGUGUUGUCUAAAAAUUCAAUAAGAUUAGUCAAUUUGUUUUGUAGUAUAAAAGUAUGAAGUAGAAUUUAAAUUUACAAAUAAAACAUAAUUAUAUUUUUUCUUUGUAAAUUUUUACUAAAUUAUCUAAAAUGAACUGGAUCGAGUACACGGAGUCUAAAUGGAGAAAUUUUGACAUGACCCUGCUGGGGGUAGAUGAAUCUUAUAUUAACUUGUUAAAUGAGACUUCCAAACCCGUUUUGAUAUAUUAUCGAUAUGAAGAUUGUUAUAUGUGUGCUUAUCAAAAACUUCGUUAUGAUAAACAAAUUAUAUUAGAUGGAUCUAGAUCAAUUAAUUUCAAAAUUUUUGAUAAGGAUCAAGGCAAAUACGUUUUUGAUAACGAAACAAAUUCAAUCUGCGAUAUCGAAUCCUAUUUAGGAGAAUUUGGCGUAUAUAAUUUAUCAGUGUUAGCUAAUAAAAAUUGUUCAGUUAUUGUUGAUAAGGAACCUGUUAAUGUGCAUAUGCCAAUUGUUACAUUAUUAUUAGUAACUUUAUUAAUUGCAUUAUGUUACAAGUUGCUUAUUUGGACUUGGAACAAAUAUAUAAAGAAUAGAUUUUGUAAUGCAGAAAAUAUUCAAACAACUGAUGAUGGAAAAAAUAAAAAAAAAAGAUUGUUAAGUUUAGAUGUAUUUAGAGGAUUUGUAAUAACCUUAAUGAUUUUCGUAAACAGUGGCGGUGGCCAUUACUUUUGGAUUGAACAUGCUCCUUGGAAUGGUCUUCACGUUGCAGAUGUAGUUUUCCCUUGGUUUUUAUGGAUUAUGGGAGUUGCAAUCCCUUUUUCUAUUCAUAGUCAACUUAAUCGUUCUAUUUCAAAGAUGAAAUUACUGAAACAUAUUUUCGUUAGGUCCGUUAAGCUAUUUUUAAUUGGAUUGUGUUUAAACUCAAUGUUUGGACCAUCAUUAGAAAAUUUAAGAAUAAUGGGCGUACUUCAGCGCUUUGGUAUAUCAUAUUUUGUAUGUGCUUCCUUUUAUUUACUUUUUUCAAAAAGUAAUAUUAGUAUUUCUCAAGGACGGUUUGCAUUUUAUAUCAGUGAUUUAAUAGUGAUGCGAGAAUCAUUAUUACUUUGUUUGAUUUUAAUUAUAAUUUAUUUAACGAUAAUUUUUGGAUUGAAAAUUCCGAAUUGUCCACAAGGUUAUCUCGGGCCUGGUGGCAUACAUGACUACGCGGUAAAUUUUAAUUGUACCGGAGGAGCAAUUGGAUAUAUAGACGAAUUGAUAUUAGGAAGAAAUCAUAUUUAUCAACAUUCAACGGCUAAAAAACUCUAUAAUUCUAAAAAUUUUGAUCCAGAAGGGCUUUUUGGAUGUCUUAUGAGUAUAGUUCAAGUUUUUUUGGGUAUACAAUGUGGCACUAUAUUUCGAAUCUACAGUAACUUUAAGGCAAAGUGUAGUCGUAUGAUUAUUUGGUCUGUAAUAUUGGUGAUUAUCGGAGGAAGUUUGUGCUUUUUUAGCAAGGAGGAUGGUGCAAUACCCAUUAACAAAAACUUAUGGUCCCUUUCAUUUGUAAUGAUAACAUCUGCGAUGGCGUUCUUUGUUUUAUUGCUUUUACAUGUUGUCAUAGACGAAAAGGAGUUUUGGAAAGGCUUUCCAUUUUUGCAAGCUGGAAUGAAUUCAAUAAUAUUAUAUGUCGGUCACUCUGUAUUACAUAAAAUGCUACCAUGGCAUUGGAAAAUUGGUUUAAUGAACACUCACUUUAUUUUGGCGUUGGAAGCUUUAUGGAAUACGACAUUAUGGUUAUUAAUAUCCUGUUAUUUAUAUAAAAAGAACAUUUUUUAUAAUAUUUAAUAAAUAUAAAUAUAUAUACAUAUGUAUA